AUGUUUGGAGGAGGUGAUCAAUUUUUUGGUGGCUUUGGAGGUGGAGGUGGUGGUCCUGAAUGGAUUGAAAAGUAAGAAAUGACUAAAGUCAACUCUAGAGAACAAUUCUUUGAGUUCUUCAAUUUGAAAAAGCACAUCUUUAUUGAAUUUUACUCUCCAGGGUGUCAUUACUGCGGGACAUUUGCAAAUGAUUUCAAUAGAAUAUUCAGACAUAUGAGAGAUACCUAUGGAGAGGAUUAAGUGUUGAUAGCUUCAAUGAAUGGCUGGGAUUAUCAAGAUAUUGUGCGGUAGUUUUAGGUGCCCUACUAUCCAUACUUUGCUUAUAUUGAACCUGAAAGACCCAAUAAUGAAUAGAAAUUUAGCAGUAUCUUUUAGGCACCUCACAGAUCUUAUGAUACAGUUUUGUAAUGGAUGCUAGAAAAUGCUAAAGGUCUAGUAGAAAAAGAAAAGUAGCCUGAAUAAACAAGUGAUACAAAUAUCUCUGAGCCUGAAUAAACAGAACCAGCAACUACUACUGAACCGCCUUAUAAUAAAAUGGAAUAACUCUAUCCAUUUAGUCUAGGAGAGAAAGAUAUGCAAGUAGAUGUCUCUCAAUAAAAGAAAUUUAAUAUCUUGUUCAAAGAUAUAAAUUAGCGCGUUCAUGAUUAAAACAAAGAUUUUGCUGAAGCUUUGAGUCAGAGCUAUAAGAUGUCUACAUUAGCUAAUCAAAAUAUGUAAAACUUAAACUUUGAAAAGGCUAAGGCUGUUCUAGAGAAAUUUAGUCAAAAUAAGCCAAAUUUGAUUGGACCAUAGUCUAAUUUUAUAUACAUGAUGAUAGGGUUUAUUUUCGGCUCAGUUGGAACCUCAACAAUGCUAAUGAUCUUAAUUAGACUAAUAAAGAGGACAAAGGCAGCAAAGAAGAAUAUAUAAGUUGUAAAUAAAUCUGAGGCAGAUACUGGAGGUGAAGGAAAUAUCUUUCAAGAAAUCAUAAUCCCUUCGAAGACUCGCAAGUAAAAAGAUGGAAGCUAAAUCAUAGAUGAAGAAAAAUCAGCAUGA